GUUGAAAUCUUUGCUGUUUCAGUAUUCCGGCAAUCAGUCUUCAUUCCUGGAACUUAAUUCAUUCAGGCUGAUUCUUCAAUGCUCUUAGAAUGAUGGAAAUGAGAGAAAUGGCUAACCACUCUACUCCAACAGAGUUCUUUCUCAUGGGGUUUUCUGAAACCCGUGAUUUGCAGAGUUUGCAUUCUGCAAUGUUUCUCUUCAUAUACUUAACAGCUUUAGUGGGAAAUUCUCUCAUCAUCACAGCUGUGGCCCUAGACCGCCACCUUCACAGCCCGAUGUACUUCUUUUUGAUCAACUUGUCAUUGUUUGAUGUGUGCUCCAUCUCCACCACUGUGCCCAAAUCCAUCGCCAUUUCAUUGACAAACAACAACAUGAUUUCUUUUGCUGGAUGUGUCACACAGGUCUUCUUAGUGGUCACAUUUGUUGGUGGGGAGCUUGCCUUGCUCACUGUUAUGGCAUAUGACCGUUAUGUAGCAAUCUGUCGUCCACUGCAAUAUACCUUAAUCAUGAAUCAGGAUGCCUGUAUCCAAUUGGCAGCUGCUUGCUGGAUAGGCAGCCUGAUCCAUGCAGUACUGGAAACAAGUUUUACUUUCAUACUAAAUUUCUGUGGAACCAAUAUGAUUGGGCAAUAUUUUUGUGACAUUCCUCAAUUGCAAAAGAUUUCUUGCAGUGAUACAAAAGUGAAUCAAAUUCUUAUUCUUGUCCUUGGUUUUUUUCUGGACUCUUUCUUUUUUACCUUCAUCUUUACUUCCUAUGGCUACAUAUUUUCUGCUGUGCUGAGGAUCCCAUCUGUCCAAGGCAGAUAUAAAGCUUUUUCUACCUGUACUCCUCACCUGACUGUCUUUUCUUUAUUCAUCAUCACAGCUGUGUUUUCAUACAUGAGACCAAAAGCACUUUCUUCCCCCACAGUGGACUUGGUUUCUGCUGUAUUAUAUACAGUUUUACCACCGGUUCUGAAUCCCAUUAUUUAUAGCCUCAGGAACAAGGACAUCCAACUGGCGGUCUGGAAAAUACCCAGAAAAUUAAAACAGCUUGUAGCAUGAUUAAUCAGUUCCAAAUUCUUUUUUUAAAAAAUGUUAAACAUGGAAACACUAAAUGGGAAUCUGAGGUCUGCCACGUAAACUUAGAUAUACCCCUUUAUAUUUUGAAAUAGGACCUUCCUCAAUAUUAACUAUUCAUCUUUUGUCAUUUCCAUAGAUUUCGUGAGACAUUUUAUAUGUGUAAGUUCUAUUAAUUAUUUAUUUAUGGGCCACUAUUACAACUUUGAGAGAAUUCUAGAGCAAUAACUUGCUGUUCUUUAGGUGAAGUUUAGACACUUAACAGGGGUUCUGUAUUUAAACAAAAAGACAAGAGUUUUUAGGAGUCUAUCCUCCCAGGAAAGCUACAAAUACCAUAGUUACCUGGGGAGAGGGAUUGAUUUUUAAACAAUUCAUGUAUUGCUGAGGUGGGAUAAGAUGCAACAGAAGCACCCCUGGUUUGCACUCCCCCCCCCCAACCACCCACAUACAUGCACCAUAAAUUAACACUCGAACAAGGUUUUUUGGAAAAUGAAGAAAAAUAGGUGUGAUACAGAAUAUUUGAUUUAGCAAAACAAAAUGAAAAACUACACAGCAAAAGACAAUUUGGUUUUUAAUCCCAUAUCAGAUCUUCUUUCAGCUCCAGCAGCUUUAUUGGUCACCAUUUACAAUCAAUGGAAAAAUAAAUUCCUCAAGUAGGACACUGGACUUCACUGGGCAUCCUGUACCAUAAAUGAAUAAAAUUCAAAGGGAAAAUCUAUGGCUUAUGGUUUAAUAACUAAACCCACACAACAUAACAGAAACUUCCGCAGAGCAAUGAUUCCCAGAAGAUUUUACAAGGGGCUUUUUUUUUCCAGGAGAAGAAACAAAUCUCUGAACUAAAGGUGUAUUCUGAUGUAUUAUAGUGAUAUUUUCGUGAUAUGUGUGUGUUUUAGAUUCUUCUUGACCAUUGAUAAUGUGACGCCAUCUUUCUCCCUUCAUACAGUGUGCACCUUUGAAUUGUAUAAAUAAAUAAAUGACUGAGAUAACCACUAGCUUAUUAAAGUUCCCAAAUCAUAUUAACCAUUUACCCAUAACUGCUUUACCUUGAGUCUUUCUUAAGAGUGUGAUGGCAAAUCCCCCAUUUCCCUCCUUUCACAUACAUUGAGGAGGAACUGGGGCAGAAGUGAGCUGGCUAGGAUGAAGGCCAUUCAUCCUCUUCCUCCUCCCAUCCCAUCCAUCUUCCUCUGUGUGCUUUGCUUUCUGGUGACAGAAUUGCAUCCAUACCUCACCAAGGCAAUGGACAGCAUGAUGGAUACUUUUCUCAGUAUGGUUACAGAACAAAGCAAAAUUGAUCCACACAAUUAAGAUGGCGCUCCCGCGAAAACAAGAUGGCGCUCCCGCCAAAAGACCCGGCACCCCUACAAGAAGAAGAUGCAAAAUGACAGUCGGGUCACUUUGUGGGGGGGGGGCAGGUUUCCAGCCCAGAGCAAU